AUGGCUGAGAUUCAACCGAUCCCCAAAGAAAAUGGCCAAGUAACGGCCUCUUCCGCGCGGGCUGGCGCCAAGGGCGCAGUUUCUCAAAAACGGGGUCCCUCCAUCCAUCAGAUAUAUGCGCUCCCUGCUCCGAUUCGGACAUUUCCCCUCCCAGCCUUUUACCCCAAUAACCCUUUGUCGCUCUUUGCCGUCGCCUACGCGUGGCUUCACCAGGUAUUGGCCCCGCCUCCUGCUGAACCGGCAGUCGUCCACCAAGGCGCUUGGUCCAAGCAAACCUUUUCCGUCCAUGUCACGGAUGAAAAUUCAAUGAGAGCCCUGUGGGAGCAGGGUUUUUACGGCAAGGGGAGCCUAAGUCGGAGUGAGCCGAAUUGGUUGAAACGAGAGCAGGUCCGUAGAGGUCUGCAAGAGACGCACGUCAGUGAGAUCCUGACGGUGCAAAGACGAGAAGAGCGAGCCAGGGCCAAGUGGGAGAGAGCAAGACUGGAGCAGGAGGCGAUACGGCAGACGCGGCUGAAAGAGGCCCAGCUAGCUGACGCUGACAGUCAGUCCCAAACUCCAACAUCACUGUUGUCCUCGUCACCAGUAGCUUCUGUUGCACCCACUGGCCCCGUUGAGUUGCUCUCGCUCCCAAAUUCAGCAGCAGAGGCCUCCAAAAGACUAGAGGUCGUUGGCGACACAAUGCUUGCAGCACGGGCCGCAACAGAGGCAGUAAUGAUGCCGCUGCCGGAUGGUGUCGCACUGUCGAGCAUGCUUGAUGCAGGAAAUCGCAUUGUCGACACCAGUGUUGUCAGCACGGCAUCGUCCGAAGCUGGUAACUCUCGUGUCAAGAGCCGGUCGAGUAGCAACGACGUCAUGGAGACACCGCACUCACCAGCGUCCGAAGCAUCAAGUGACUCUGCUGGAGACAAGACUUUGAAACGUCAAAAAAGUGUUCGCUUCUCACCAAAAGUGGAAUCAACUACGUUCAAUCUGGCAGACCCCCCCAGCCCGCAUCACUCUAUUAAUGGGAAGGGCAAACGGCUGUUCCUGAAUGGAGAACCCAAUCACUCUGCCACAGCAGAAGAAGUGAAGAAACUGUCUGCAGCGGGGCCAGAAGGCGAUAUUGUAAACAAAGAACACCUCCAGCUUAUGCCGGAAGAAGCUUUCUUUCUCACAUUUGGCUUUGGGGCACUCUCUGUCACAGACGCAGCCUCGGGCAAGAGUCUCACAACCAAGGAAUUGCUCACCCUGUUUCGACAAUAUUCUUACUUCCCCCCCCGGACUGGCGGCCCCGAUGAGGCAGAUCUAGAGCCGGACGAUGGCUUCUUAGUCCACUAUGCUGUGUAUCACCACUUCCGAUCCCUCGGAUGGGUGCCACGAGCGGGCAUGAAAUUUGGGGUCGACUGGCUUCUGUACGCCAGAGGCCCCGUGUUUGACCACGCAGAAUUUGGGCUCAUGAUUGUGCCAUCGUACUCUGACAAGUGGUGGAAGGACAGACGAAAACAGGGACCGCAGAGGACAUGGCCCUGGCUACACAGCGUCACUCGCGUGCUAUCUCAUGCUGUCAAGAGUCUUGUACUAGUGUAUGUGGACAUACCGCCGCCGGCCAAGUUUGACGCGGCGCUGGAGAGGGGAUUUGCGGAGGCGUUGAAGCUGUACAAGGUGCGCGAGGUGGUGGUGCAGCGCUGGUCAAGCAAUCGCAACCGGUAG